AUGAGUUUUUGGCCCUUGAGGUUAGUCAACCGUCACUUGGAAAGUGACAAUUCGCCGAAACCCGAGGAAAGCUCAGAACGGUUACCAUUGCCACCAGCAGACCUAGUCUUGCCUUCGGAUAAUGAACAAGAUGCGUCGAACGCCGAAAUCCAAUCUUCUACAGGCCCCAUACCGGUGUCGCCUUCGGAAGGCAAUCUCGUCUUAUCCCAGUCCGAGUCUUCGAGUGACACGCACGGCGAGAUGGUACAGGCUUCAGUCGCGCACGGGGUAGAAGAGGUGGAAAGUCCCUCACAAGGGGAUGGAGCAAAUCAAACUUCAAGUCCUCCUUUAACUCAAGUGCCACCCGCACCACCACUCCCAAAAGACGAGGUAUCUGGUAAAGAACCUGGAACGUCGUCGGUAAACCCUUCUGAGGAAAUGGUAGUGUCAAACCUGGUAGAAACUUUACAUUCCUCGGAAAGUAGCCUCGGCCAGUCUUCCAAAGAGCAGAUCUUGCUUGCACAACAAUACAUCGCGGUAAACCCAUCAACAAACUUUGGACAACCUGAGCUAGCGAAAUCUUUGGAUCCCAUGGAACAACUGUCCAACCCCCUGCAUGAUCAAAACCAAUUAUCUGAACCCCCACAGCCGAGCAAUGAAGACCAAAAGACCUCAUCCGGCCUAGCAUUGGAAUUGAAUGACAAGGAAAGUCAUGGUGGUGUCCCUGAUUCUGACGAUCGCUCUGUAUCAUUACGGAGAAAAUGGUAUCAGCUCAACAGCUUGAUGGAUUCCUUCUCGACAAAUUUAAUUUUCGCCGGCGAUCUGCGAAGAGAUAUUACAGAGACGAGGGAACGAGCUUUGCAAAGUAUUGACGCAUUCAUGGCUUCCAGCAAGGAUCCGAUUUUGCAGGAUCUUUGGAACUCUUUGUCAGCGCUGCAAGCUUCUGAACAAAAACUCAAGGUAGCGGAUGAGGAACUGAUCCAUCAAGGCUAUGAAGCACGAGCCCAAGGCUCCAAGAUUUUCGGCCAGUCCGCACCUGAGUCGUUCCAAAUUCUGGACCAGCAAGGCAUUAUUGUCCAAUCCCAAGAUAGUGAAGACGACGACUCGGCUCUUCUGGCAGAUGAUAUUCGAUGCGAUCAGACUUACGAGGCUCAACUCUAUCUCUCCAAGAUGGGCGAUGUGGAUCUCCUCAAAGAGAGCCUAAUGGAAGUGGACGCGGAGCUACACCUGGUUGAGAAGAGUGACAUCCUUGAUGACCAUGAACCAGAGCUCCGGUCCCGACAACAAGAGCUCUUAGAACAGCUCGAUAAAGCUGAAAAUGAUCUCACUGUCCUACGAGACAAUCUCCCUGAGAGAAAAGUGGACAUACCGGAAGAGCAACUGCGUCCUCCUGGGGAAGAAGAGGAAGCGGUUCUUGGGGCAAGUGACGUCAGCGAACGACCGGCGCAAGACCACAACCAAGAUCCUGAAGCAGACUCUCAGUUUCUGCUAGGUCCUCAGAAGGGUGGUCUGCUGUCCAUCUUGGAAAAAGUGACGGAUGACGAUCAUAUUAAAUACGACACUCUGGUCAACGCCUAUCUCUUGCAUCAGCUCAGGGUAUCAUUCAAGGAGCAAGAGGAACUUGCUAAGACAUUACGAGAAGUUGCACAAGAUACAAAUCAACCAGUGGAAACAGACCCUAAGCUCUUGAAAUUGGAUCAUUGGUUUGAAGAAGAGCGGAAGUCCAAAUCGAGUAAACUUCUGACCCGAGCCUUUUUCAGUGACGAUAUGUCUAUCGCAACACACGCGGAGCCAUCCCAAUUGACUCAUGGAAUCAGCGAGCCUAAUGAACCACGAAAGCCCCAUCGUUUUCACACUGGCGACAAUAUGCAGCGACUCAAUUUGUAUUCCCGAAAUCAGAAAGGUGGUGCAAUGUCUCUCCGUUGA